AUGCAGGUUGGCAUCAAUGCUAUCCCAGGAAUGGCCAGAACGGAGUUGAAGUCUAUGACCAACUGCCUUGGGUAUUCAGAUGGUAUACUCGGCUCCUGGGACGAACACCAACGGAGGCUGCAGUACACCACGACCACCACGACCACCACCACAACGACCACCACCACGACGACCACCACCACCACCACAGCGGCGCCUCCUGCAGUGGUGGACGUGAACAACAAGAGGCACCGCAACGAGGAGCAGCUGGAGGGCAAGGCGAUGGAGAAGAAGACCUCGUGGGCGUCGUCGUCACAGCGUUCCUCAGCCGGUCCGUCGGGUGUUCCAGCCACAGACUCUGCCCACCACCGCUACGUGCAGGAGGCAGUCCCGCCGAGUGACCCUCUGCCACGACCUCUUUAUCCUGAAGUCGCGAGUACAACCUCUGCAGGAAGCCAAUGGACGGUGCAGAAGGCGCUGCACGCACUAGUUCUUCUUCGUGGUAUCCUCCUUCUGCUCUAACAACAAAAACAACCCAAAACAUCACCUGAAAUCCUGAAGUAAUCGCUGUCACGUGACCCGGUGAAUGAAUGCGAACUGGGGACAAAAGUGAUCGCAAAACUUCAUGAAUUUCUCGCGCGUCCGAAAGACUCGCAUAUCUGGAAUGAUGAAAGGAUCGAUGUGGCUUGAGAUGAUGACGUGUCUGAUAUAUUCACGUGGAAAAGGCCAAGUGAGUGAAGUGUUCACGAGACAACCAAUCACAACAUAACAGGUGAUUAAAGUGAUUUUGCGAGAUUCAAAAGUGGCCAAUCUGACAUUUUCACCUGGCGCUCCAUGGUGUAAUUGUGUUGAAUACUUCCAGAGGCUAUAUUAUUUUUAUGUUCGUUUUCUCACAGAAUGAGUUAUUUCUUUUCGUCGUCGUUACAUUCAAUUAACAUAUUGUUACACCACCAACCAAAGAAAUGGUUGUGUCAAGUUAGCGGAAGCACUGUGUUUUGUGUGUGUUUAUAUAUUUUUGAGAAGCACGACUCACUAACCUUGCGAGAUUCAGAUAAAAAUACUUUUCAAAAACUAGUCAAGGAAGUGUUCUGUCAUCCAAUCAAAAUUAAAGCUCUGCCUUGAACUAAUCGUCGAAAUGACAGUUAGUUUUAAAAGAAUAUAUUCAAGUAUAUACUGUCUUACAGUAUAAAAAAGAAGACUAAGAUGACUUAAGAGAAUAUGAUGUAUAUACAUGACACCCUAGAUAUAUAAACAUAUAUGUUGAAGGAAUAGCUUUAAGGAAAGAGUGAUAUUCGACCGACUUUUUAAAGAAUUAGAUAACAAAAAAUGGGUGCUAACUAAAUCUUUUAA